UCAAACUUCUUACAGGAAAAUGUCGUUUUUUUCACAUUUCCCCCUUUCCCAACCCUGUUACACGAAUCGUAAUCCACGACGUAGCUCAUCCUCGUUUUUCCUAAAAUUUUUCACACAACCAUCUGAUUUCUUACUGCAACGAAUGCAACUCGUCCUCGUUUUUCUCAAAUUUUUCUCACAACCAUUUCAGUUUUUCCCCACAACGUCGCUCAUCCUCAAGUUAGCAUCUUCCUCAAGUCAUCAUUGUCUUCAAGUCAUCAUCGCAUGUGGUCUCCGUCGUCAGCUAAGGUUCAUGUGUGUCGUUGUUUUGUCCUCCGUUGUAAUGGCCAUUGAGUCCUCAGUUCCGGUUGUCGUUGCGUCCUUAGUUUCAAUUGUCGCUAAGUCCUUAGUUUCGGUCAUCGUCAUCGUUUGUCAUCGCAUUACAUCGUCUCCUGCCCCAACAAUCUUCAGGGCCUUCAUGGUAUUUCUUUAUUUUGAGUAUUCCCUGCAAAAUUUUCUUUAUUUUGAUCAUUCCCUGAAGAUUUUCUCUAUCUAUGAGAAGUACUACUUAUGUGUAUUCGACGAAUCACCAAGGGGCAGCAUCAUACAAAGGGACAAAGUUUCACUUCAACAGUCAUACAUAUCUAUGAAAUAGAAGUUUUCAAGGUG